AUGAGAAGCAUAGUUCUUUUUCUCCAAAAUACUAGAGCUACUGCUUUAGUCUCGAACCGACUAGUUCAUACAACAGCUCCAGUUAGCUGGCAAAAAUUUGAGAAUGAGAGACACUUCGAACCAGGAGAGGAUGUAAUGAAAAGAGUUUGGCAUGGAUUAACUUAUGAUUUUCGUAGAUGGAAAAGACGUUUUCAAGAGGCUAGAAAAGAUGCGUUCAAACGACGACACCCAGUUGCACAUAUGAAGCAUGGUACUCUCGACAAUGAAGUGUUUCCUUAUCGAGCGGAAAUCAUUAUUAUUGGAGGAGGUUUAACAGGUUCUUCCACUGCUUUUUGGUUGAAAGAAAGGUUCAGAGAUGAAGAUUUUAAAGUUGUCGUCGUAGAGAAUAAUGACUCCUUCACCAAAAGUAGUACAAUGCUUUCAACAGGUGGCAUCACUCAACAGUUUUCGAUUCCAGAAUUUGUUGACAUGAGUUUAUUCACCACGGAGUUUUUGAGGCACGCUGGAGAGCAUUUGAGAAUUCUCGAUUCGGAACAGCCAGACAUCAACUUCUUUCCAACCGGAUACUUACGGCUCGCCAAAACAGAAGAAGAAGUUGAAACAAUGCGAUCCGCAUGGAAAACCCAGAUUGAAAGAGGAGCGAAAGUCCAGCUUCUUUCAAAAUCAGAGUUAGCUGAAAGAUAUCCGUACAUGAAUGUGGAUGACGUUUUAUUAGCAAGUUUAGGUGUUGAAAACGAGGGAACUAUUGAUACAUGGCAAUUGUUAUCUGCGAUUCGAGAAAAGAAUAUCACUCUAGGAGUACAAUACGUGAAAGGAGAAGUAGAGGGGUUCCAAUUCGAACGUAAUCGUGCAAGUUCUGAAGUUCACGCCUUCGGAGAUGAUGUCACUGCGGACGCAAAUAAAUUAAGAGCACAGAGAGUGUCUGGAGUGAUAGUCCGACCUCAAAUGAACGAUGCAUCUGCACGUCCAAUUCGAGCCCAUUUGAUUGUUAAUGCUGCUGGACCAUGGGCUGGGCAAGUUGCCAAAAUGGCUGGUAUUGGUAAAGGAACUGGAUUACUAGCAGUCCCGGUUCCAGUUCAACCAAGAAAACGAGAUGUAUUCGUCGUAUUUGCUCCGGAUGUUCCAGCUGAUUUACCAUUCAUCGUUGACCCAUCAACUGGUGUCUUCUGCCGACAAUCCGAUUCAGGCCAUACGUUUUUAGUGGGAAGAACACCGUCAAAAGAAGAAGAUUCUCAAAGGAAACAUGAUAAUCUAGAUGUCGACUAUGAUGAUUUUUAUCAGAAGAUUUGGCCUGUUCUCGUUGAUCGUGUGCCUGGAUUCCAGACCGCAAAGGUUAAAAGCGCAUGGAGUGGGUAUCAAGAUAUCAACACUUUCGACGAUGCUCCUGUUAUUGGAGAACAUCCACUUUACACGAAUCUCCAUAUGAUGUGUGGAUUUGGAGAAAGAGGAGUGAUGCACUCGAUGGCCGCUGCUCGUGCUUACGCUGAACGCAUCUUCGAUGGUGCAUACAUAAAUGUGAACCUCCGAAAGUUCGAUAUGAGACGUAUUGUCAAAAUGGAUCCCAUCACAGAACCCUGCAGACUUUAA